AGUGAGUAUGACGGAAGGAGUAUUUAUUAUUCUAUAAAAUAAAAAUGGAAAAAUAAUUUAUCCCCCCUUUCAUUAAUUUCUCUAACAAACUAAUAUGGAGGCUUGCGAUUGAAACAAAGGAACGGUGUCGCUUUUAUCUGGUGUCGAUGAAGAGUUGGUGGUACAAGGAGAAUUCGAUGGGAAGAGACAGAUAGGAAGGAGAGAAAUGGCAGGAAAGAUGAGAAGAAGCGAAGCUGGCACUAGCAGUAGCAGCAAUAGCGGAGGGGAAACCGUCGUGGUGGAUUGCGGCCGCCGCCGGAGCUCUUGCGGUUACUGCAAAUCCGUUGGCCGCACCAGUAUCUCUCAUGGUUUGUGGGCACGAAGCAUUACGGUUGAUGACUAUCAAGAUCUUCUUGACCGAGGAUGGAGAAGAUCUGGCUGUUUCCUCUACAAACCUGAGAUGGAAAAGACAUGUUGCCCAUCUUAUACUAUUCGGCUAAGGGCAAGUAAUUUUGUCCCUUCAAAGGAACAACUCCGUGUCCUUAGAAGAAUGCAAAGGUUUUUAGAUGGCUCACUGGAUGUGAAUAAAAAAGUGGAGGUUGUAGAUGAUCCAAAAGUCUCCAAAGGUACAUGCAGCUGUGCAUGUCAUGAAGUUUCAAGCUCUGGAACAAAGGAAUCUUUGUCUUCAAAAAAUGAGGAGAAGAAUAGGGCAGAGCAUAUUGCUAAGUAUUUGUCAGAUCAAGUUGACAAUGCAGUCCGUUCUUGUGCAGAAAGCGGGGAUUUUCUUUGCAGUAUACAAUUACCAAAAGCUUCUGUCAAGCAGGUUUCUCCAGCCAAAAGAAAGCUGCUAGCUGAAGGAGCAAAUGACCUCUUGUACUCUAGCAAUAUUGCAUUUCAAAUAGUAGCCACUAUAAGGCGGGUGCUAGCUGCCGAAAAUGACCCAAGGCAUAAUGCAGAAAAUAAUAAUCUGUCUCCUAAAGUUAUUGCAGAAAAGUUGGCUGCUGCUUUAAAUCAGUUGUCAGAAACUAGUGGGUUGUCCGUCAAGGCUUGCAAUGGACACAUUAAUUUUUAUACAACAGCAACGCAGGCUUCUUCCACUGAAGGUGCUCAAAUUGUUACUGGCUCUAAAGAGUCUGCUGCAGGGUGUAAAAGAAAAGUCUGUUGUAUGAGGAAGAGUGCAAAACAUUCUCAGCUGAAAAGGCGGAAAUUAGAGAUACAUUUGAAAAGAUCCAGUUUUGAUCCUGAAGAGUUUGCAUUGUAUAGAAGAUAUCAGAUGACAGUGCAUAAUGAUACACCAGAUCAUGUUACUGAAAUCUCAUACAGGAGGUUUCUGGUUGAUACACCCUUAGUUCCGGUUCCACCCUCUGGUGAUGGUAGAGUUCCUCCUUGUGGAUUUGGCUCCUUUCAUCAGCAAUAUGUUGUUGAUGGCAAGCUUAUUGCUGUUGGUGUGAUUGAUAUUCUUCCAAAAUGUUUGUCUAGUAAAUAUCUAUUCUGGGAUCCAGAUUUUGCCUUUCUAUCACUCGGCAAGUAUUCAGCACUGCAGGAAAUAGGCUGGGUGACGGAGAAUCAGGUCCAUUGCCCUAGUCUUCAGUAUUAUUAUCUUGGCUAUUAUAUUCAUUCCUGCAGCAAGAUGAGAUAUAAAGCAGCAUAUCGCCCAUCUGAGCUUCUCUGUCCUCUCCGUUACCAGUGGGUUCCAUGUAAUAUUGCAAGCCCUUUGCUUGAUAGAAAGCCAUACAUUGUCUUGUCAGAUCAUGCGCUUCUACAAAAUGGAGAGUCUUUACUGCCUCAUGCUUCUGAAAAUGUCAUUGAAAUGCAACAUGAUGACAACUGUGAUGAAGACACAAAUGAUAUUCUUAUAGAUGACAGUGAAGAAAUGAUUGAAGCUGAAUCUGAAAGUUCUGAUGAUGAAUCAGGUCCAGAGACUAGUGGUCAGACAUUGGAAAAUAAUGAUGUUGGUGAUAUUUUAAUUGGGUUAAAGGGAUCCCGUGUGAGAUAUAAGGUCACUUUCACAUAUAAUUCUGAUUCUUCUCACUGUGUCACCACCUUCUUCAAGGAUGUACAACGAGCUUUUGGCCCCAGACAAAGGAGUUACUUGGAAUCUCAGUUACUCAGAUAUAAGAGGGUUGUAGGUGCAGAGAUGUCCGAGCGAAUUGUCUACUCACUUGGGUGAUUUUUUUUUCUAUGGAUUACCUCAUCAUCAUCAAAAUUAGCAGGAAUGUAUAUUCAGCCUGCGGAGCUGGAGUUUUCUGCUUAGUCAUGUCUGGUUAUGGGAAGCUAAAGGGGAGCUCUUGUUGAUAUCCAAUGUUUGUUUUGUUGGGGAUUUUUUCCAUUCAAUCCAUGUUCAGCAAGAUGAUCAGUUCCUGACACAGGUUUAUUCUGCAUUUUCUAAGCAUUUUUUGCAUUCUCCAGUAGAUUAUUCUCAUGUGCCAAAUGAAAUGUAGAUGAAUUAGUUGUCUGGUCUUUCAGGUCAUGGGAGGUCAUUUCAGUUACAGGCUUUUGUUACUGCAAUUAGGAUAUUGAAUCCUCUGCAGUUGCAUCUAAAUUAAUGCUACAAUAAAUAGAAAACUGCUUCAUGUCUAGAA